GUCUCAACGUAGCAGGGAGAGACAGAGAGAGAAAAAAGAGAGCGAAAAAGAAAGAGAGAGAAGCCGAGAGACAGAGAUAGAGAGAGAGAGAGAGGAAAGUCCGUCUUCCUCUUACCAUCCCUUUCUCCUACUCCUCAGACCACGACAUCCAAACACGCUCUUGUGGUGUUUGAUCUAGCUUGCUGAUUUUUCUGGGAGAUGAUUCUGUGAUUCGGGAUCAGACGAUGACUACGCGAAACGCGGAAUCGUCUCAGGGAGAUGGCGGCAUUCCUCCUCCCCCUCCUCCACCUCCCGGUCCGCCUGAUCAUCUGUUUUCUCGCGGUGUCAAUACGGUUUUCAAGAGCGGGCCACUUUUUAUAUCAUCCAAAGGAAUUGGAUGGACGUCUUGGAAAAAAAGGUGGUUUAUUUUGACACGUACUUCCCUGGUUUUCUUCAGAAGCGAUCCAAACACUGUUCCUCAAAAGGGGAGUGAAGUGAAUUUGACCCUCGGUGGGAUUGACCUCAACAAUUCAGGCAGUGUGGAGGUCAAAGCAGAUAAAAAACUCCUGACUGUGCUCUUUCCUGAUGGACGUGAUGGACGAGCAUUCACACUUAAGGCUGAAACCAUGGAGGAUUUAUAUGAGUGGAAGGCUGCACUUGAGAAUGCCUUGGUGCAAGCACCAAGUGCUGCUCAUGUGAUGGGACAAAACGGUAUCUUCAGGAAUGAUCAGAAUGAUUCAAUUGAUAAUUCUUUGGACCAGUUGAAGGAUAGACAACCUGCGAAAUCUACAGUUAUUGGAAAGCCAGUUUUGCUUGCUUUGGAAGAUGUUGAUGGAGCUCCAUCGUUUUUGGAAAAAGCCCUUAGGUUUAUAGAAGAGUAUGGAGUCAAAGUAGAAGGGAUCUUGCGUCAAGCUGCGUAUGUUGAUGAUGUUGAACAUCGAGUUUGGGAAUAUGAACAAGGAAAAAAUGAGUUUUCACCAGAGGAGGAUCCACAUGUUGUUGCCGAUUGUGUCAAGUAUGUCCUCCGGGAGUUGCCAUCAUCUCCAGUUCCCGCAUCUUGCUGCACUGCACUAUUAGAAGCAUUUCGAACUGAUCGUGGUGUUAGAGUCAAUGCUAUGCAUGGAGCAAUAUGUGAAAAAUUUCCAGAGCCUAAUCGCCGCUUAUUGCAGAGAGUACUUGUGAUGAUGCUAACUGUGGCUUCUCACAAAGCUGAGAAUCGAAUGAGCACUUCAGCUGUUGCUGCUUGCAUGGCACCCUUACUUCUGCGUCCCCUUUUGGCUGGAGACUGUGAAAUCCAAAAUGAUUUUGAUGUUGGUGGUGAUGGUUCUGUGCAACUUCUGCAAGCAGCUGCUGCAGCUAACCAUGCUCAAGCCAUUGUUAUUACUCUAUUAGAGGAGUAUGAUAACAUAUUCGGGGAAGAGUCCAUGUCUCCUGAAAUAUACACUGACUCAGAAGAGAGUGGAAGUCGGAGUGAAGAGGCAACUGAUGAUGAUGAGUCCUAUGGAGAUGAUGAACAUGGUGAUGCAACACAGGAGUCUGAUGCGGAUGAUGAUCUUGAAAAUGUCUCAAAUGAAUCCUGCAGCGAGAGUGCCGACUCUAGAGACGAUUAUUUCUGUGAUGCUAAGGAUUCUGGUGCUUCAGAUUCGGGUUCCAAGUCCCCUGAAGCAGGUGGUGUUUCUGAAGCCAGUCAGAAGUUGUCAUCAACUUCCAAUGAAGCUUCACUGCCACAACAUCUUGUUCCCAAAAUUGGGGAUCGUUCAAACCAAAGCAACAAUGGUUCAAAAAUGCAGGCUAUUGAGUCUGCUGAUUUACUAGGAGAUGUUUCUAAAGAAGCAAUUUUGGUUCCUCGUACUGUUCCUGUUCCAACAUCAUGCUUUAAAGCACCUACAGCCAUAUCUAGUGUACCUGCACAUAGUGCUAGGCGUCAAUCAAUGUGGAGACGUACCUCUGGAAGGAAGAACCUUUCCAUGGAGUCCAUUGAUUAUUCUGUAGAAGAUGAAGUUGAAAUUCAGAGGCUUGAAGCCUCUAAAACUGAAUUGCAAAACAGAAUUGCAGAAGAGGCUCAAGGAAACACAGUUCUGCAAGCAAGUCUGGAAAGACGAAAGAAGGCCUUGCACGAGCGUCGUCUAGCUCUAGAGCAAGAUGUUGCAAGACUUCAGGAACUGUUGCAAAAGGAAAGAGACCUGAGGGCAACUCUUGAAGCCAGAACUCAGACUUAUCAUGGGCAUUUACCUGGUUUAGCCAAUAUUGAUGAAAAGACAAAGGCAGAGCUUGAGGAAAUUGCUCGGGCAGAGGCAGAUAUUAACAAUUUGAAGCAUCAUGUUGAUGACCUUGAAGCACAGCUUAAUCAACAUCGUGAACAAAACUAUUGUUCUAUGCAUGCUUUGUACAAUCAACCCCAACAAACUCCAAAUCAUCAAGCAAAACUAAAAGAUAAACAGAAGGAUACUGAUGGCGCACCAACUGUACUUGUUGAAGGGUCAAGAAAUAAGCAGGAAGCAAAUCCAACAACUGCUGCACUCUCCAAGUUGACAAUGAGGCUUAACUUUCUGAAGGAACGGCGUAGCCAGAUAGCAAAUGAGCUCCAUGUUAUGGAUAAAGGCCAAGGAUCAGGUCAACCUGUCCAAAACCUUGACAAGAAUCAAGGAUUUGAAGUUCAAUCUGUCCCAAAUCCAGACACAGAUGAAGGAUUGGACUAUUGUACAUUACCUGUCAACCCUCACAGAAAGGUGGGAACUGAAGGCCAAUCAAUUCAGAAAGGUUCAGAAAAUCAGAAGGCCAAUCUUUUCUUCCACCCAAGGACAAAUUCUAGAUGAUACCAGAAUUGACGCAAGGUUAAGUUUGAUACCAAUAUCAAGCUCGAGUCUCUACACGCCCCAAGCCUAAUGAUGUACAGAUCAUCCACUUCCAUGACGUAAGCUUAUAUGUAAUCAUGAUUCCUGAUUUUUGCUGGAUCAAAGACAAAGCAUGGGUUUUCUUUUAAUGAAUCACAUCUGUAAUCUUGUUGUAUCGGUAACUUGAAUAUCUAAUCUUAUUGGAGUUGCUUGGUGUAAAUGGGCUAAACCUUGGGGAGAAAAUCCUAGGUUCAAGCCUCCCAUUUUGAAGGGGUUUUCUUUUCGUUGGAUGGGGGGAUGGAUAGUAACAAGGACUUGUGUGUAUGGGAGGUGGUGUAUUUAACUGUAUAUAUGAUUUGCAUUUCUUUCUU